UGGUGGGUAGUGGUGCCAAUCUGUUUUGAAUAGACAAUGACUGCUCGAGUUGUCUUCUCAGGCCAUGCCACAGGACAGAUUACACCCUCCAAAGCAAUGGUAGGGGCUCUUCGUUUCUUGCCUAUGAAAACAUGUCCGCUUAAGAUUAAUAACACGAAGAGUGUAGGGCAGCAUAUAUACAUGAAAGCAAGGAUAUGGAACAAACCCAUCAGAGAACGUAGGUUGAAGGUAGUCAUGUUAUCAGCGAGCAGUGGUGAUAUUGGGCCUAAUCUACUUUCUUCAUCUGACUCAAUUAAGCAAUUCUAUACCUCUAUCAAUGAGAAGAAUUUGAACAAACUCCGCGAGUUCAUCUCUGAUAAUUGUUAUUUUGACGAUUGCUCAUUCAUCAAACCAUUCCAGGGGAAAAAGGAGGUUAUGGAGUUCUUUGGGCAACUAAUCACGAGCAUGGGUCAAAAUGUCAAGUUCAAGAUAGGACACAUGUGCGAGGGAGAUGAUUUUACAACUGGAGUAACUUGGCAUCUUGAAUGGAACAAAAAACAGAUCCCCUUCACCAGAGGCUGCAGUUUUUAUGAAUGUUCAAUGGAAAACGGAACCAAACUAGUCAUCAAGAGAGCUCAAGUUCUAAUCGAGUCGCCAAUGAAACCAGGAGGCUCAGUACUG